AUGAAAGCACAAGAUGAAUGUGCUCAUGGAAUGUUGGAAUUGCAUUCGAAAAUUGAAAAACGACGGAAAGUUGAUCAAUGCAACGAAGGUUUCAUCAUUCGAAUGGAACGAUUCGAUCAGAAGAAUGGAAGAUCGAAUGGAUCGAUUCGAUCAGAAGGAUGGGAGAUCGAAUGGAUGAAUUCGAUGAGAAGAAUGGGAGAUCGAAGUGGCUGA